AUGCUACGGCCACGGGAAUUGGUCCGGGCUGUCAUCUCAUGCCUGAGUGCGCCGUCCGAGCUUACCCGGGAGCGAUUGCGCUCCAUUGUGCCUGGCCUGCCCAUGUCUCAUAGAAGUGAGCUACUGCAUGCCCUCGUGAAGAAGAAGCCCGAGUUGGUCCCACGCCUUCUGGAGAUUUGUGACGCAGAGACGGUCGAGACGGGGUCGCCUCAACUUCUGACCAUCCCUGGGCGAGGACGGACGGAGGCUGCCAUUGCCGCUUGCGGGCGGGUGUCCCAAUGGCAAGUGGCUGCCGAGCUGAUCGAGAUGCCAAGGAUUCAGCCGAACGUCUUCAGCUGCAGUGCAGCUAUCAGUGCCUGUACAAGGGGUACAGGCUGGGAGUAUGGAUUGCACCUCUUCAACGAUAUGCCCUCCAAGCAAGUUCAACGCAACGAGAUCAGCUACAACUCGACCAUCAGCUGUUUGGACAAAGGGCAGCAGUGGGAGCAUGCUUUGCAAGUGUUCAAUUCGAUGGCAGAAGGCCACAUCCAGCCGACCACCAGCAGCUGCAACGCGGCAAUGAGCGCGCUGGGCCGCGGGCGCCAGUGGCCCAAGGCAUUACAGCUCUUCCACGGCAUGCCAGAUCUGGGGAUCUUGCCGGAUGUGAUCAGCUUCAAUACCUGCAUGAAUUUAUACAAGUUUCUUCCAGCAAUGUGGCGAGAUGCUUUGAAGUUCUUCAACGCCAUGCCACGCGCAACCGUUCUUCCAAAUGUGGUCACUUUCAGCACGCUGAUGAGCAUUUUUGAGAAGAGUUGGCAGUGGCCGCUGGCCCUACAGCUUUUUGACCUCAUGGGCCAGUGCAAGAUAUCUCCCAACGCCAUCACCUUCACCUCUGCCAUCAGUGCGAUGGGACGCCCAUCGCGCCAUGACCAUGCUCAGCUGCCGCGCUGGCCCUGGGCUCUUCACCUGUGGUCUGAGAUGCCGCGGCUUCAGGUCCGACCCAAUGUGUUCAGCUUCACGGCACUCCUCGGUGCCAUGGAAGGGAGUCUGCAAUGGCGCUGGGCUGGACAGCUGUUCGACAUGCAGGGCCUUGCCCCAGACCUGGUGAGUUACAACGCUGCCAUAAACCUAUGUGCCAUGUCCGGCUGCUGGCAGCAGGUCCUUGGCUUCCUAGAGCUGAUGUCAAGACGAAAGCUGCCCCCUCAACCAAGCAGCUACAGGGGAGCCAUCAGUUCCUGUGAAGCGGCCACUUCUUGGCAUUUGGCCCUGCAGCUCUUCCGGAUGGCCGAUGAAUCUGCCAUCAAUGUGAUGGACAGCGGUAUCUUAGAUGUGGUCAUUAAGGUCUUGGAGAAAGGCAAGGCAUGGGAGCUGGCCUGGCAACUCUUCCUUACGCAGCGGCACAUCUCUCCUGUUCCAGUUUCCAGCUACAACGCAGCCAUGAGCGCAUUGGCCAGUGGACACCAUUGGGUCGCCGUUCUGGAGCUCUUGCACGGCAUGAAGCCAGCAGACAUCACUCCGGAUGUCAUCAGCUACAACACCAGCCUCAGCUCCUGUCAACCGGGGCAAUGGCGAGCCGCGCGGCGCUUCUUCGAUGCCAUGCCAAAGAGCUACAUCCUUCCGGACGUGAUCACCUACAGCACCAUGAUCAGUGUGUGUGAGAAGGCUUGGCAGUGGACCGAUGCUCUCCACUUGCUACACUCCAUGCCUAGCGACCUGAAGGCAGACUUGCCGUGUUUCAGUGCAUUGAUCAGCUCCUUGGAGAAAGGAUUCCAGUGGGCACUAGCCCUGCAGACCUUGGGGAAUAUCUCGAAGGCGUCGCUGUUGGACACCGUGGCCUGCAAUGCAUGUCUGGCCGCGGUGGAGAAGGUGACGGAGUGGGAGGUGGCACUGCAGCUCUAUCACUGGUGCCUUGCACAUGGGAUCGCAGUGGACGAGGUCAUGGAUGGUUCCUUGUUGUCAUCUGUGUCUCGUGGCACGCGUUGGCGGCUGGCACUGCAGCAGUUCAAGAUCCUUUCUGCCCGGAGAAAGCCGAGUCCGAUCGCGAUGACCUCCCUGUUGGAAAGCUUACGGCGUGCUGGACAUCCCGUGCGGGACCGGGAGGACCGUGAAGGCCGGCGGAGGCCUGAGUUGGUGGAGCGCAGCAGGGCUGAGACGGGCUUAGCGUGGCGGCCGUGGGUCUCUCACUGGCGACAAGAGUUCGAGAAGGCUCAGGCACAGCGAGAGGAAUUCAGGCGCUUUCAGGGCCCUCACUGUGCGUCAUCGCACGUUUUUGAGCGUGCGCUGGCUGUGGCUUCAUCCAAGAUUCGCUUCGCUUAUGCAAUCCCUACAAAGAAGGAAGGGACACAACCUCCAAACCAUGGAAAGAACAGCAACUCGAGCUUGCAGCUUAUUGGAGGGAGCACGCUCAACGCGAUCUACUUGUGA